AUGUCUCCAGAGGCCUUUCGCAGAGGUGCUCCGAUGAAGAAGUGCCACCUCUCAAAAUACAAGUCCCUGCCACCCCGGGAACUGGAGACCUUCAAGAAUGUCAAGGACAGAUUUGAGGACAUCAUGCUGUUAUCAGACCGAAAAUGCAACACCAAGAUUUUCCACCGGAACUGGGAAGUCAAAGAGCUGUCGGUGCACGACAGAGUGAUCCUGGUAAAGGAGGAGCUGCACCUCGUUAUUGACGUGCUGGAAAACAUUAGGGAUCCCAAUCUGUCCGAGCCGCUUGGGAGGCCAUUAGAAAUCCUGAGGCACAUCAGAGAGGACUUGAAGAACUGCACCACACAUCAGCCUGACAACCAUCAACGCUCCGGGAGGCUGACUAGCUGGCUCCAAAAAUUCCACGCAGCCAAGAAGAUGGUGCACGACAGAGUGAUCCUGGUAAAGGAGGAGCUGCACCUCGUUAUUGACGUGCUGGAAAACAUUAGGGAUCCCAAUCUGUCCGAGCCGCUUGGGAGGCCAUUAGAAAUCCUGAGGCACAUCAGAGAGGACUUGAAGAACUGCAACAUCGCAGUGGAAGUGGGGAGGAGCCAGGAGAAGACAGACCCAUGGAAGGCUGCAUAA